AUGCCGUUUGGUUUACGUAAUGCUGGUGCAACAUAUCAGAGGGCUAUGAAUGCCAUCUUCCACGACCUCUUAGGUAAAACUAUGGAGGUUUAUAUUGAUGAUGUUAUUGUAAAAUCAAAACUAAUAAAAGAUCAUUUGAAAAAUCUAGAGGAAGCAUUUAGGAGGAUGAGAGUUCACUGUUUAAAACUCAAUCCUCUGAAAUGCGCCUUUGGUGUAAAAGCUGGAAAUUUUUUGGGGUUUUUGGUCCAUGAAAGAGGAAAAACAAAAGUGUUCUCAGAGCUGUUGAAAUUAAAAAAAGAGGAUGUCUUCAGAUGGGAAACCAUCCAUCAAGAGGCUUUUGAUGAAAUUAAAGAUUAUCUAAUGAAGCCUCCUGUAUUGAUGCCUCCCAAAAAGGGUAUACCUCUGAGGUUAUACAUUUCAGCAGCUGAAGGUUCAAUUGGGUGUCUGCUAGCCCAGAGCAACCAAGAUGGACAUGAACAGGCUAUAUAUUAUUUGAGCCGUUCGAUGACAUCUACAGAGGUUAGAUACACUCCUAUCAUGAAAUUGUGUUUGGCUUUGUUUUUUGCCUGCACUAAGUUAAGACACUAUCUGCUUAGUAAUAGAGUCUAUGUGGUGUCUCAAACCGAUCUGAUGAAAUAUAUGCUAAACAAACCUGUGUUAUCUGGCAAUAUUGGAAAGUGGUUAUUAAGUUUGGCAGACUUUCAUUUGAUUUAUCAUCCCCAGAAGUCGGUCAUAGGUCAGGCUCUAGCAGAUUUCCUAGCCGACCAUCCAUGCAUAAACCUAGGAGAUGAAAGUAAAUUUUACUUGCCGGUUUUUAUGAAUGAACAUAGACCUUGGAUGCUUAACUUUGAUGGGUCUAGUACAGAUAGGUCUGCUGGUGCUGGAAUCAUAAUAGUGUCACCUUCUGGAGCUAAGACCUCCUUGUCUUUUAAUCUUGACUUUGAAUGUACAAAUAAUCAAUCCGAGUAUGAGGCUUUGAUUAUUGGAUUAGAAAUCCUCCUAGAUCUAGGUGCUAAAAAGUUAAUAGAGAGUUUUGAAGAGGUUGAAUUGGUACAUGUUCCAAGAGAGGAAAAUUGGGAGGCCGAUGAAUUAUCACAGCUAGCAUCUGGCCUACGUCUGUCGGAGGAGUUAACCCACCGACUAGUAAUGGUACAAAGAAAAACUCACCCUUCAAUUUUUAAAAGAGGAGUACAGUUAGAUAUUUUCAAUAUUGAUGAUAACUUAGUACAGGAUUGGAGGAGAGACAUUAAAAAGUACUUGGAGAAUCCUAACAAGAAGAUGAUGUAUAAAGUAAGAGUGAGAGCUGUUAACUACGUGCUCAUAGAAGAUGUUUUAUACAGAAGAGGAUUCGACAACCUAUUGCUAAGAUGCCUUGGAAUGACAGAGGCACUAGAGGUCAUGAAACAAACUCAUGAAGGAGUUUGUGGAGCACAUCAAUCUGGAGUGAAAAUGAGAUGGCUAAUACGAAGGCAUGGUUACUUCUGGCCAUCUAUCCUUAAAGAUUGCAUGACUUUUGCAAAGGGUUGUCAAUCGUGCCAAAGGUAUGGAAACAUACAAAGACUUCCAGCUGCUGAGUUGAAGUCUGUCAUCAAACCAUGGCCAUUCAGAGGUUGGGCCAUAGAUUUGAUAGGUAAAAUAUAUCCUCCAUCUUCUAAAAAUCACAGUUUCAUAAUUGUAGCUACUGAUUAUUUUACCAAAUGGGUAGUCGCUAAGCCAUUGGUAAAAGCAGAGCAAAAAGAUGUGAUUAAAUUUAUUAAAGAGGAAAUCAUCCAUCAAUUUGGAAUUCCACAAUCAGUAACUACUGACCAGGGCACAAUGUUCACUGGUAAGGAGAUGCAAGAAUUUGCCACUGAUUAUGGAAAAAAAUUAUUGACCUCUACACCUUAUUAUGCUCAAGCCAAUGGCCAAGCUGAAUCUUCUAAUAAAAUUAUCAUCAACAUAGUUCAAAAGAUGUUGGAAGAAAAUCCAAGGGAUUGGCAUCGAAUUUUAUCAGAAGCACUCUGGGCAUAUCGCACCUCUAGGCGAAAUGCUACUGGAGUAAGUCCAUUUAUGCUAACCUAUGGUCAUGAUGCAGUGUUACCCAUGGAGGUGGUGGUGAGAUCGUUGAGAGUAGCCAAGCAGAAUCAUCUGACUCCAGAAGAUUACAAUGAAACCAUGAUGAUGGAGUUAGAAAAUUUAGAAGAAGGGAGACUUCAGGCUUUAAACAAUAUGAUUAUACAGAAGAAGAAAGUCUCCAGAAGCUACAACAAGAAAGUUAGAUCUAAGACAUUUCAAGAGGAUGAGCUAGUAUGGAAGCUGAUCUUACCCCCUGGUACUAAAGACAGAGAAUAUGGGAAAUGGUCUACUAAUUGGGAAGGGCCAUUCUUAGUCCACAAGGUGAUGAAGGGGAAUGCAUACUGGCUGUCAAGUCUAGAGGGUGAGCCUCAUAAAAAAUUUAUUAAUGGAAAGUACUUGAAGAAAUAUACUCCCACCAUCUGGGAGAAAUACAACUUAGAAAUGACUUAA